UUUAUUUAAGAACCAUUAUCCUUAAGAAAAAAAUUUACAAAAUAUUCCCUCCCCCAGAAUGGAUUUUUCAACUCAAAUUUGUUUACAGAUUAUUUGUUCUCCAGUUUGCUGCCUCAGUGCUAUGUAAGCAGGAGAAAUCUGCAGUCAUUUGAUUUGGGAGACCAGUCACUAUGUGGAAAAAACAUUUUGUUUUUUGGCUUGUGGCUUUGGCUGUUGCUAUGAACUGUUUAGUGUAUGGACAAAACAGAAGGAGGGGACAGAAGCCAAGUUCUCUAGCAAGAAAAGACAAUCUCCUGGAUUCCGUCUGCUUCAUCGAUAUUGUCUUUGUCCUGGACAGUUCAGAAAGUGCCAAAGAUGUGCUGUUUGACAAGCAGAAGGAGUUUGUCACCCUCCUCAGUGAUAAAGUUUUCCUUAUGAAGCCCAGCAGAGUUAACAGAUAUGACAUUAAUCUAGCCGUCAUGCAGUUCAGCAGCUCUGUCAGAAUUGACCAGCCUUUUGGCAAGUGGAGAGGUCUGCCAAACUUUAAGCAGAGAGUCAAGGAGAUGACUUACAUUGGCCAAGGCACCUAUUCCUAUUAUGCUAUUUCCAAUGCUACUCAGCUCAUCAAAACAGAAGGCCGUAAAACUGGCGUCAAAGUUGUUUUGUUGCUGACAGAUGGUAUUGACCAUCCGAAGAGCCCUGAUGUCCAAGCCAUUUCUGAAGCUGCCAGAGCAUUUGGGAUAUCGUUCAUUACCAUUGGCCUUUCAAAUGUUGCUGAUAGAGUCAAACUACUUUCAAUAUCUGGCAAUUCUCCUGGGAACACCGUCCUCCUCCUGAAUGAUCCCAACCUUCCAGAUAAAAUACGGAACCAGCUGGCCACUUUAUUUGAUGAGCAGUGUGGAAGGCAAUGUGAAUGUCAAAAGGGAGACCAAGGACCCCCAGGACCAAGGGGUGGUCAUGGUAGUAGAGGAGAUAAAGGUGAACGAGGACCUAAAGGAGAAAAGGGAAGUCUUGGUUAUAAAGGAGACAAGGGUGAGAGAGGGGAGUGUGGAACACCUGGCCUAAAAGGAGACAGAGGAGAAGAAGGCCCUUUUGGACCAAAGGGACCAAGAGGCCCUCAGGGAAUCAGUGGACCUCCUGGUGAGCCUGGUCCAAAAGGCAUUCAAGGAAGUAAGGGUGAGCCGGGUCCAUCAGGACCAUAUGGCCCUGCAGGAGUCCCUGGAAUUGGAUAUCCAGGACCUAAGGGUGAUAGAGGGCAGGAAGGAAGAAUUGGGUUUCCUGGACCAACUGGAAUUGGUGAGCCUGGUUUAACAGGGCCACGGGGUCCUGAGGGUGUGCAAGGUGAACGGGGUCCACCUGGAGAAGGACUCCCAGGACCAAAGGGUGAAAAAGGUUCUGAAGGACCAGGAGGACCAGUUGGAGCACCAGGCCUAUCUAUUAAAGGAGAUAAGGGGGAACGAGGGAUCGAUGGACCACAGGGCCCCAUUGGACCACCUGGAAUUGGAGUCCCAGGCAACCAGGGAAUUCCAGGUUUGAAAGGUCUGCCUGGUGCAAAAGGAUUGCGAGGUGUAGGCCUGCCUGGACAAAAGGGUCAAGAAGGUGCACCAGGAAUAAAAGGAGAUGCUGGAGCACCAGGAAUUGGACAACCUGGACCUAAAGGGGAGCCAGGGAGACAAGGAUUUCCUGGAGAAAAUGGGAAAGCAGGAUUAAUGGGGAUGCCAGGCAAAAAGGGAGAACAAGGACCACCCGGUGCAAGAGGCCCAGAAGGAAUACCUGGGAAAGGUGACAUGGGCCCAAAGGGUGAAGAGGGACAAAAAGGAGCUCAAGGGAUGGAUGGUCCAAAAGGUAUAGCAGGUCCUGUAGGUCCAAAGGGUGAACCUGGUAUCAAAGGUGCAGUUGGUAACCCUGGACCUUCAGUUCGUGGACUACCUGGCCCUAAGGGAGAACAGGGAUAUCCAGGUCCUCCUGGAAGUGAUGGAAAUCCUGGACCUUCAAUUGUGGGACCUCAGGGUGCUCCAGGUUUAAUUGGACCACCAGGAACUCCUGGAGCAAAAGGAGAUGGCUUUCCGGGUCCAUCAGGCCCACGAGGAUUGCCUGGGGUUCAGGGACCAAGAGGCCUUAAAGGAGCAGGUGAUCCAGGACAGAAGGGAGAACAAGGACCAAGAGGACACCCAGGGCCUCCUGGACAAAGGGGAAUAGGAAUACCUGGUCCUAAGGGUGUUAUAGGACAAAAAGGUAUGCCAGGUCCACAGGGUCCUCCAGGAGAAGGUAUACAAGGAAGUAAGGGAGAACAAGGAAUUCAGGGUUUACCAGGACCAAAAGGCUCCAUUGGAAUUGGAUUACCUGGUCCUAAGGGAGAUUAUGGAGAGAAAGGUGAUCAAGGAAAGAGAGGUAACAAAGGAGAAAUUGGAGAACCAGGACCUGUGGGACCAAGGGGAUUUUCAGGAGUCAAAGGUGAACCUGGUCUUACUAAAGAAGAGGUAAUCAAACUCAUCAUGGAGAUAUGUGGUUGUGGUGUUAAGUGCAAGGAAAAUCCUUUGGAGCUAGUAUUUGUGAUUGACAGUUCUGAAAGUGUUGGGCCUGAGAACUUUGACAGGAUCAAAAGAUUUGUGAAAACAGUAAUCGAUGCUAUCACAGUCAACCAAACAACAGCCCGUGUUGGCAUCAUCAACUUCAGCCAUAAAGUAGAGGUAGUGUCCACUCUACAGCAAUACCUUAACAAAGAAAGCCUGAAAGGUGCAAUAGAUGCAAUGCAGUACCUUGGAGAAGGUACAUACACUGCUACUGCAAUCAACAAUGCCACCAAUAUAUUCAAGUUUGCCAGACCAGGGGUGAGAAAGGUGGCUAUCGUAAUAACAGAUGGGCAAGCAGAUCGGCGUGAUCCCAGCACUCUGGAAGUGGUCGUAAAGGACGCCCAUGGAAACAACAUAGAAAUAUUCGUAAUUGGAGUGGUUCAAAAAACUGAUCCCAAUUUUGACAGUUUUCGGAAAGAAAUGGAUCUCAUUGCUACAGACCCAGACAGCGAACACGUCUACCAGAUAGAUGAUUUCAUAACCCUGCAAGCUCUUGAGGAUAAGAUCUUCAAACAAAUUUGUGAGAAUGAUUUCAGUUCUUAUAUCAGCCAUGUGCUCAGUUCAGCACUUUCUCCUGGAUCUGAAACAAGGCGAGAACACACCAGUCAUUUUGCCAUAGCUAGCACUCCAGAGCCAGACAUCCUUCCACCUAAGCCAGAAGUAACUGAACCUCUACACCGCAUACCCAGUGAGAGAGUAGCAUCCCGUGCUGAGUGGGAUUAUUAUGGUACCACCACUUCUCCUAAGCAUAUUCCUGAUAGUCACAAGCGACCAGUCAUCCCAUCUCUUUAUGACCAAACAGAGUAUCUGGAAUCCAGUACACCCAGUCCUGAGUUCUCUGUGUCUUCUAAUUUAUCCAGAAGUCUGCAACCGGAAGCAAGUCCACAAGUUUACAAAGCAAUAGAUUCCAAGUGUCUAGAACCAUUGAAAACUGGAGACUGUCGAAAUUAUGUAGUGAAGUGGUAUUAUGCCAAGGAUUCAAAUUCAUGUGCCCGAUUUUGGUAUGGAGGCUGUGAUGGCAACCAAAAUAGGUUUGAGACAGAACAGGAAUGCCGGGAAGCCUGUUUUCAAGGAUAAUCGGAGAAUUCAAGCUUCCAGAGGAAAGUGAUUUCUAGAAUUUGUCCAACAAUUCAAGAAGAAUUCCAAAUGUUGAGCUAUUACAAGUGCUACUUCUGUACCACACCUACUGCUUUCUACAAUGCAUCCAAUAGACUUUAUAGAGCAUGUUUUCUUCAUAGUUAAUACCUUCACUUGACAAAAGAAGCCACAGCUGAUAAUUUCAUGUUUAUUUUUUAAUAUCUAAAACUGCCUAUGGCAGUCUUUCAGGAACAUUAACAAAUCAGAUACCAAGGAUGUUUAAUAUAUAGCUUUAAUAAAAUGUGGGAUUUUUAUUAUAUAGGAAUGAAAAUACUCUCUAACACCCCCCUACUCUCCACAAAUAAUACAUGAAACUGCUAGACACUGUAGGAGCAACAAAUGGGAAAAUGCAUCACAUUACUUACUACUCUCUGGGGGUCUGAGAAGGGAGAGUGGGGAUUAUUCCAUCACUGCAAGAUAAGGCAGCCAUUCUACUCAGACUAUGUACUGCUGAGGGAAACAAUAACGGAAACUUUUAAUGCGGAAUCUGUAUAUAUAGGUGGAGAUAUAUAGGUGCAGUUGCCUAGAUGGGCUUUUAAAGGUAUGUCUAAAUAUGGUAUCUAAGGAUUGUGCAAGCCAAAGUGGGAAACAUCUGCUCCACCAGAUCUUGUUGGACUGCAAUUCUCAACAGCCCUAGACAGCAGCUCCAAAGAGAAGGAAUGAUGAGACUUACAGUCCAAAAGCUUCUGCACCAGUUGCCCUUCUAAGGUAAACAUUGUUGCUUCCCAGCCUUUCUUUAAUACAUGUAUAGUGGCUGUAAUUGCAAGCAGAUAGUCAUAUAAAACAGAUGCUCCUGCAAAUGCAUGCUGCACAUCAAGAGUCAUUCAAUCAGUUCAGUUAAUAGGCAUCAAGGAUAUCUGCUUGCCAAAAGGACUCUCCUGGUGAGUCAGGACUAGUAUUUGGGGGAAUGUGUGUUAAAGCUCAUGCCAUAUAUUUUUGUUUCUCAGGUCUCUUUGUAGAAAAGAGUAGAUAGCAAAAUGUUACAGUAAAUUAUAGGAGGAUUUAAUAGGAAAAAGCACUGAAAGAUGUAUAUAAGUGUAUUUUUUCAUACUACAUUUUCCUCUGAAACCCUGCCUCCACACAAAAACGUACUGUACAAGCUAAACUAAUCAGCACUUAUUAAAUUGAUCUUCCAAAGAUGAUGUGUAUUUGUAUUGUUUUUAUUUGGAAAUGCUAACUGUUAAUCUAUUGGACUGUAUUGGAACUGUUAACCUAUUGGAUUGUUUUUUUAAAGUACAGGUAGAGUGCAUUAGCACUCAAAUGUGCUUUUAAAUUCAUGUUUCAUUUAUGUCCAUAUGAUUCCUAAUAGAGCAAGUAACAAACACAUCAAAAAUUG